AUGGAACAUUCCGCUAACCCAGAAUCCGAACGAAAGGGCCUCGUCCCACCAAAGAAACGACAGAGAGAAGACGCAACGUUGGAGACUUUGAUGAACCACGCGAAGCGACGGAGUGGACCAACUCGGGACAGUAUCGACAAGUCAGGAAGCGUCCAACUGCAAGACAGCAACCGGGAUGAAGAAGUCUCUGUGGCCAAGGUCUUGAAGUUCACUAGGGUCAAGCAGACCGGCCAGCGUGAAGGAAAUGGCACACACCACUCGGAACACUUCCUGGGGAAGACACCAGGACGUGAACUUGAUCUGCCAACUUUUAUCCAAGGCCCCGCGACACCAGAUCCCACCAUCCAUCCGGAACCCCAAGCACGUUCCGCGGUGAAGCCAGUUGAAUUUCGCCGAGCCAAGGGCACGACGCCGUCUAAGGCUCCAUCCAUCUCCCCCGAGGACGAUCGUGACGACCUGAUCGCCUCUCCGUCGCGGCUCGACGGCGACAUUACGGACCAAGUCACCAGCUCCACUACCCCGGCCGAUCUCUCUACUAUUGAAGAGACAGAGAAAACGGCACGAGUCGUAAGCUGGCGAAACGGUUCGUCCACUGCGCCUGAGAAAUGCAGCAACGAACACUGCCAAGCAGCGGGCGCGGACGUGGUUGGUGAGAUUGACAGUCGACCAUCCUGUAUGGCGUGUCUUGUGCACUGGGCGCAUUUCGGGAAAGCUAGGACGAAGGGUCGGUGCAGACGUAAAGCGCAAAACAACAAUCAGGGGGACACAUGGAAGAUUGUAUGCGCCAACCCAGGGUGUGGCAUCACCAUCCUCUUGGACGGAGACAGAUACAAGAAGAACCAGGAGGCCAUGGAGCACGGUGGCCUGGUGUACUGCAUGCCGUGUGGCCGGUACAGGCUGAAACUGGGGCGGAAAUACGAAGGACCGGACCGGCCCAAGGAAAAGUGCGACAAGACAAAGGUCUUCUUGGCCGCCAAUUCCGCCGGGUACUACCUCUGUUGCAACCCGAACUGCGAGUGGGAUAGCCGUCUGGGCCACGUCGUGCAGCAAAAGGGGUCGAAAGGACACAUGGUACAUUGCCAGGCACCGCCGCGCUGGAUCCAGGGUCGCCUAGCGUGCCUCCCAUGCUUCCGAUAUAGCCUUACACACGAGGAAUGGCGCCCAGCGCUUUCCUGUGAGGCAUCGAUUCGCAAGAUCCUCGACCAUAUACCGAGCGCGGAACAAGGAGGGAGCCGGUCCAUUCGAGAGAUCACCAACGCACGCCACGGCCUCUCGCUCCAGCAAGCAGAGGAAGAAUUGUGA